AUGAGCCUCACCUCCGGCUCGCUCAUGCUGCUGGGUGCCACCAUGAACCCACAGGUGGCAUUCAACCUCUCGGCCCGCCUGCCGCACCUGCCACUGCGCAUGAGGGAGCACGGCCGGCGAGCGCUGCUCUUCGCCUCGCGCCUGCACGCGCUGGGCCUGCCCGUGUGCUACCCCGGCCUGCCCUCACACCCCCAGGCACACGUCCUUGCACGCAUCUCCAAUGGUUCCCGCCCGCACCUCCUCGCUUCUGCUGGUGGUGUUGCUGGUGGUGGGGGAGUGGGAGGAGAGAGUGGUGGGGCAGAGUGGGUGGGGCCGUAUGCAGGUGGAGGUAUGCUGAGCCUGGACCUUGGGAGCACCGCCAUGGCAUACGACUUCAUGCGGCACCUGCAGAACAAUGCCGAGUUUGGAUACAUGGCGGUGUCCCUCGGGUUUCACGACUCCCUCGUCUCCUGCAGCGGCGCCAGCACCAGCAGUGAGAUGCGUGCAGAGCAGCAGCAGGCCGUGGGGAUUUCUCCUGGGUUGGUGCGCAUGUCAGUGGGGUAUACAACGUUUCUGGGCGCGCUGGUUGCGAAGGCCAGCGAGGACGCGAGGGAUAUGAUGGAAGAGCUGCUGUGUGUCUUCUCGCAGUACAGCGACGCGUGCAGCAAGGCCGUCAGGGUCAACGCCAAGAGUGCUCUCGGAGCUCUCGCAGGGUCGGAGGGUCGGUUCGCGGCGCGGCAGCUGAUGCAGCUGGCGGCGGUGCUCCACUUCACCGACGCCACCAUCCGCGCGCACGCCGCCGCGCUCGUGCACCGCCACCUCGUCGGCGCGCAGCCAGCGCGCGCAGGGGCGGGCUCUGCUGGGGCUGGCGCAGCGCGCGGCGGCGCGUCCAGCGCGUGGAGGAACCUGCGCGUGGAGCCGCAGGAGGCGCUCAACUGCAUUUUCGUCCCCGCGGUACGCGCGCGCGCUGCCCUCACGGCCUCACUCCGCUUGCCCUCAAGCAUUCGCCAACACGGUGGUCUCUGCGCAUUCGCUGCACUGCGCCCGUACCGUCACCCGUAUGCUUAUCCCCCUUCACCUCCCACUGUCUGUGCCGGCUGGCAGCUCACCCGUCGCCUCUGGUGCGCGCGGAGGCCGUCGCCGCGUUCCACGCCUUCGCCUCCCUGCAUGCGCCAUCCACGCGCUCCCACCUCCCCCUGCUGCACGCCGCCGCGCGCGAGUCCGCGCACCGCGGCGUGCAGAUGGUGGCCGUGCGCGCCCUGGCGGACCUUCUCGCACCGCUCCGCCCCGCUCUGGCACCGUUCCGCCGCGCUGCUGCCCGACGUCGCUGCGCCGGGCCUCUGCGACGAGGGCGAGGGGAGUGCGGUGAGCGGAUGCAGUGCCGGGGGAGAGGCGCAGCGCGCAGGAGGGGCGCGUGGGGGAGGGCGAGCGGUUGCGGAGGGGCGCGUGGACGUAUUGCUGGGGCUGGUGCCGCUGACGGGCUGGCAGGUGGACGUUGAGGCGGCGAGGGAGGAUGUAGAGCGCGUAGGGCGACAGGCGGAGGGGGAGGACGAGGGGGAAGCGGAGGGCGUGGUGGGCGUGGUGGGCAUGGUGCGCGGUGGGCGUGCUGUGCGAGGGGCUGUGCAAGCUGCUGCUGGCGGUCGCGUGGCAGCGUCGCGGUUACUGCUGCCAGUGCUGCUGCAGUUGUGGCCGCGCAAGGCGGCAGCAGCAGCGAGGCAGCCUGCAGUGCGCGCCUCGCAGCUGCUGCUCUCCGUCAUGCUCGCGCAUGGCGCCCACGGGCUUGUGGAGGUGCCACUCAGAGCCUCCCAGCAGGACGACGUCAAAUGCCUUGGCAUCGUUGCUCAGUGA